ACCGCCUGACGGGGGGCGGGGGGACCCAGGCGGUGCGGGGGGCAUGGCGGCCGCCGCGGGCCAGAAUGAGGGGGCGGGAGCCGACCCGCCGGGCUCCUGCCCUGGCGCAGACAGCGGGCACGUCUCCCAGAGCCACAGCAACACCUCUGGCCUCGGCGAUCCGGAGGACGAGGACGCCAUGGAGGCGUCGCUCAGCGCCACAGCCGCCGCCUAUUCCUCGUACCUGCUGGCCGAUCGCAGCCUCUUCAGCGAGGAGAUAGAAAGCUUAGACAAGAGUCUAGAAGAUUUGCUUACCAGAGUGGAUGAAUUUGUGGGAAUGCUGGACAUGAUUCGAAGUGAUUCCUCUCAAGUCGUCAAUGAAAGCAUACCUCAGAUUUACGCAAAAGCGACGCAAAUGAGACAGAUAUACAGGAAGAUUGACAAGCUGGACGCUUUUGUGAAGAUGGUUGGAAAUAGCGUGGCUGGACUGGAAGAACGCGUCGUAAAGGCAGAAACAGACCUCGGAGCUUUCCCAAACACGUUCAAGAAGAUCUUGCACACAAUCAGCAUGCCAUCCUUCCUUAAUAAAUCAUCAUCUUCACGACAACAACAGACCCUCUAUGAACCUCCAGUCCUCUUCAAGACUGAAGACUACUUCCCAUGCCUUAAUGAAGCACCUUACUGAUGGUUUUUGCUUUGGGAUUGAUGUGAAUCAGCCAGAACAGAGACAGCCAAAUGAACAAAAGAAAUGCCAACCUCAAAAGAGUUGCGUUUCUGAACAUUACUGAUGGCAUAUUGCCAUCCCGACUCUCGUUGUCUUCCUUCAGGCAGUAUUUUUCAGGUAAUCCUUGUGUGUGUACAUUAUUUCAAGUCUUCCUAAAACACAGUCUAGAUUUUCAGAUUAUAUUGGAGAAGGAAUUUAUGAAUACUUAUGCUUUAGAUUAUUUUUUUUAAUAGGGAAAUAAUAGGAAGCAUACUUUCAUAUGUAAAUCUUUUAACAUAUAAAUAUCUGUGCUGCUGCAAGUGUAAAUAGCUAUACCACAAGGGUGUCUUUCUUUUUUUAACUGAGAUGAAAGAGAAGCUAUGCAUAAACAUCUGCUCUUGAGUUUUGGAGAGUGGUCCAUGCAGUUUGUACAGAGAAAUGCACAAUACUGGGAUGUCCAAAUUGCAAGGCGAGGACUUGGAAGACUGAUGAGAAGUCAAGAAUAUGGAUUAGUACACAUGAUCUAGUCCCAGUUCACAAAGCAAACAUCCUGCCCCCACUGAUGACCAUUAGAUCAGCGACCCAAGGUUCUAAUUAUUGCAGCGUUGUGUUGUUUGAUGUGUAUCCAGGUGGGCAUGGUGUAUGUAAAACCUGCUGUUGAGAAGAAAAAGUAUACUGAGGGAGGGAGAUGCCCCUGGAUGGAGCCUCCAUCAGUUGCCUGUCCAGACUGUCCACUUUUUCUUCACAACCAUCCAUGUGGUUACUGGGGCUCCCUGUACUGAUUGCAGCGUGAGUGUGUUGUCAAUAAACUAAUAACUGCCUAACUCCUGCUGUGGUCUUGCAUUUCACCUGACCAUACCAAAGUGCUCCGUUGUUUCUGAGAACCUUUUGCAUGUGGCCUCAUAUAAUACCUGAUUAUAAAUCGAGUAUUCUUCUGGCCAACUUUACCACUGCUGUUUCACUGCCACCAUAACUCACCAGAAAUACCCAGCAUUCACAUUUCAGAGGAAUGCAUUAGGGAAGUGACACCAUGUCUGCUGAUUUUGUGUUGCAAGCACGGAAAAUGA